UUGAUGAAUUCAAACAUGCAUUUAUCUCUAGCACAUCAGGAAUUAUGAAAAUAAUGAAUAAUGAAGAAUAAUUAGAAUAAUGAAGUAUUCUUUCCUGAUGUGCCAAAGAUGAUCAUUAUUCAUCAUUAAAUAAUGACAUAUUACUUAUUCGUGGACCUUAUAGUAUAGUGUUAACGAAAAAAAAGUUUGUUGACGUGUUGCUCAGAGGUCCUUUUGGGAAUGUACCACGUGCUGUGUUUUAAAGCCUGGGGAGGUGGUGGCAGAAUAUAAAUCCCCAUGGAUAGAGUCAGAGUUCUGUGCACACUUUGCACCCAGGUUCAUUUAUUACUAACUUUUUGCUUAGGUUGAAACUUAAACAGAACUCAGGUCCGCCGCGCAAAAGAUGCACGAUCACCUCAUCUCUCAAGAUGUCACAAGAAGAAACUAAUGUCUCUAAAGCCAUGCGCGCAGAAGAACAAACCGGACGCACGGACGCGUGUGUUGAGAGCGCGCAAGAGCGUCCUACCCGCCUGUACAGGAGGAGAUGGCUGAUAGUUUUGCUCUUCAGCUCAUAUUCUCUGUGCAAUGCGUAUCAGUGGAUCCAGUACGGAAUUAUCAGCAACAUUUUUAUGCAGUUUUACAGUGUGAGCGCAUUCGAAGUAGACUGGAUGUCCAUGGUCUACAUGCUCACCUACAUACCAUUUGUCUUCCCAGUAACUUGGCUUUUGGAUAGGAAAGGGCUGCGAGUUGUCGCGCUCGUGGCCGCCGGUGUUAACUGCGUGGGCGCGUGGAUUAAGGUCGCGAGCGCCAAGCCGCACCUGUUCUGGGUAAGUGCGCUCGGGCAGGUCGCGUGCUCCGUGGCGCAAGUGUUCAUUCUCGGGAUGCCGUCUCACAUCGCCGCCGUGUGGUUUGGCCCGGAGGAAGUGUCCACCGCCUGCUCCAUCGGCGUCUUUGGCAACCAGCUUGGCAUUGCCAUUGGGUUCCUACUGCCACCUAUUCUUGUGCCCAAUGUAAAUGACAUGGAUAAACUGGCUCAUCAUAUCAGCAUUAUGUUUUAUAUCACAGCAGGAGUGGCCACGCUCAUCUUCAUUCUAGUUGUUAUUGUGUUCCAGGAUAAGCCACCUAUUCCUCCGUCUCAAGCCCAGGUGGCAAUGCAAAACAUGCCUUCACAUGACUACUCUUACCUGGCCUCGAUUCGGAGGCUUCUCUGCAACAAACCCUUUGUAUUACUCAUCAUUACCUAUGGAUUAAACGUUGGGUGUUUUUAUGCUGUUUCCACUCUGCUGAACCGAAUGAUCAUUGACUACUACCCCGGAGAAGAGGUGAAUGCUGGACGAAUUGGUCUGACUCUUGUCAUUUCUGGCAUGGUGGGCUCUCUCAUCUGUGGCAUUUGGUUGGACAAAACAAAGACCUACAAACAGACCACGCUUGCUGUAUAUAUCCUGUCAUUUGUAGGAAUGGUGAUUUACUCCUUCACACUUAACUUGGGCCAUCUCUGGGUAGUCUUCAUUACAGCUGCAGCACUAGGAUUCUUCAUGACUGGUUACCUGCCACUAGGCUUUGAGUUUGCAGUGGAGCUGACAUACCCAGAGUCAGAAGGAACAUCAUCGGGACUUCUCAACUGCUCAGCGCAGGUAUUUGGAAUCAUAUUCACCAUUUGUCAAGGCAAGAUCAUUGACUUCUACAGCACACUCGCAGGGAACAUCUUCCUCUGUGUUUUCCUCUUUCUAGGGAUCAUCAUUACAGCUUUUAUAAAGGCAGAUUUGAGGCGACAAAAGGCGAACCUGCAAUUAGCGGCAGAAUCAGAAGCUAAACAGGCAAGUCAAAAAGAAGAUGGAAUAUCAUCCUUGAAACAGACCUAUAUGUAAAAAUGAAGUUCUCCUGCAUACAGAUCAACACAUUUGUAAACAUAAAGUGAGAUCUCAGUGCUAACAACAAAACAUACAUGUCAUCUGCAAGGAAAGGUGCAUCCUUACUCUGAGGAGAACGAUCGGAUUAAACUGGGAUGUUUGUUUACAUGUAUGAACAUAUCUGACUGAGAGAAUGCAACAAAAUAUAUUUGCUACAAAAGUCAUAUAGAGAAAAUGAGCUGGUGAAGCACCGAUGCUUGGUGGGGAAUUUUAGGGAAUUUACUUUCAGUAUAUUUUACUUUAGGUUUACGAAACCAACAACUGAUGCUUACAGUAUGAACAUUAUCAGGAUUGUGCCUUCUAUUCAUACCACUUCUGUGAGAACAUGGACUGCCUUUAUCAUGUUAUUUUAUAUUGGAUUUCAUGUAUACAGUGUAUAGAAUGUUCAAGCAUGUUGGAUCAUGCUUCCGAUGGUGAUGUCAAGACUUAUUUGAUUGGCUAUUGGCUGUGCGUACAAUAAAAUACAAUUCGUUUUAAUCUGUAUGUUGGGAAAUAUGUGUAUUUGUAAGUUGAUGAAAUGUCGAAGUACUUGAAUGACUGAAACGUGACACAGCUAAAAAUGAAUCAAAUCAUAAAGCCCACCAUUCUGCUCAUGAACAUUUUUUUUUAAGUACAAAUAAGUAGCAGAAUGGUCUUACAGCAUGGCUUACAUGGAGCCGUAUCUUUUUACUGAAUGCUGUUAUAAACCAAUGUGCAUGAUGCACCAGCGUAAAACUAUAUUAGUGAAUUUUUUAAAAAUAUAGAAACCAUCAUCUUGUGUUCUAACAACUAAUUCAUUAAAACUAAUCGGUUUGUUUGAUACUUGUGGAAAUUUAGGAGUAGAUAUAAGUAGUAUUUAUACUUGCAUUAAUACCUGUGU